UCUGGACGACAUUAAGAAGGAGAUCAUGGAACGCUGCUUCAAGUCGAGCUCGUACCGUGACGACUUUACAAAGUACGCUCCAUGCCUGAACAAGGUGGGCUCUAAGUUCCACACCUGCGUCAAAAACUUCAUCAUGGACCUGGAUGUCGCCUCGAGGUUGGAGCCGAGACAGCGAAUCACCGGUGGCUGCUGUAAGUACAAGAAACUGGAGGUCUGCAUGAGCGACGCCAUCCGCGGCACCUGUGAUAAGGGGGCGCACGACUUCGUCAAGAGACUCCUGAAGCACUACGAGGGCAAUAUGCUGGGCAUCUUGUGCGUGAACCACUGGGACAAGGCGAAGUGCGAGGCGAUCAAGUACGACGACAAACCGGGGGACGCGAGCCUACGCUCCGUGAUCGCGCCGCUAAUCAAAGUGCUAGAGGCUAUAGACGCCUGACAGCACGUUGCGACUGUCAACGUUUGGGGCAAUUAGAUGCCAAUAAAUCGAACUAAUGAUAUUGACGACAUCGCGAGCUUCAGAAUCACAGAAUGAACAGUUUGCAAAAUAGUUUGCAAAUAGUUUGCAAAACAUGCGAGCAAGUUUUGUUUUCAACCAAAUAACCUAUAUCAUAAUCAAGAC